CGGCCUGACCCGGAAGUGACGUCAGCAGGCCGUCAGACUGUGUUGAUGUUUUGUGCUCAAGCUCUCGACCGGGAAGACGAGACGGUUUUUUUCUUUUUUUCUUCUUGUUUGUGGCUUCGGCGUCCAAAAACAUCGACGAGGAUCUUCGUCCCGUUCGCUGCUUCUUCCUCCACGACGUUAGCUCCAUGUUUAGCGGCUAGCGGCCCGACAGCAGGCCCGAAGCAGCGAAUCUUUUGAUCCAAAAAGGCAGGACUCGUCGCCCUCUGGCCCCCCUCCCUCCCUCCCCGCACCACCAUGACGAUCCUGCCCAAAAAGAAGCCCAGCUCGGGGGUCGGGGGAGCGGAUCACGCCGAUGACAGCGACCGGCGGAGCGGAGCGGACUCUCACCAGCACCCGCACCCGCACGCGGGGAGGACCGGAGCUCGGCCGCGGGCUUCGCCUCCGCCGUGGUCUUACCAGCCCGCGCCGCCCUCGGCUAGGGACGAGCGGCGGAGCAUCGAGGCGAGCUCGCGGCCGCAGCAGGCCUCUCCGCCGCCUGGCGGCUCCGUGGCCUCCGUGGCGCCCGGCGACGUCCGGGACAGUGGCGGCAUGGUAGCGACCUCUCGCGGGGACCUGGUCGUGCAGGCCGGCGUCGUGGGCUGCGGAGGGAGCAUCGGCGGCUGCUGCUCCGGGCCCGGGCUAAGCAAGAGGCGGCGGCAGGCGGGCACCUGCUCCGGCGCCGUGGUGGCAGCGCUGGCCGGAGGGGGCCAGCCCGGCGUGAGCGUCCCCGGCGGGGUGGGAUCCAGCAAGGAGCAGGACGAGGGAGCCGGCAACAACAGCGAGGACGAGUACGAGAACGCCGCCCGCUUGCAGGCCGUGGACCCGGCUACCGCCGAGCAGCAGGAGCACUGGUUUGAAAAAGCUUUGCAAGACAAGAAAGGUUUUGUCAUCAAGAAGAUGAAGGAGGACGGUGCGUGUCUCUUCAGAGCUGUGGCUGACCAGGUGUAUGGAGAUCAGGACAUGCACGAGGUGGUGAGGAAACACUGCAUGGACUACCUGAUGAAGAACGCCGAUUAUUUCUCCAACUACGUGACGGAGGACUUCACUACGUACAUCAACAGGAAGAGGAAAAACAAUUGCCAUGGCAACCACAUUGAGAUGCAGGCCAUGGCGGAGAUGUACAACAGGCCAGUGGAGGUGUAUCAGUACAGCACAGAGCCAAUCAACACCUUCCACGGCAUCCACCAGAACAACGACGAGCCCAUCCGAGUGAGCUACCACCGCAACAUCCACUACAACUCCGUGGUCAACCCAAACAAGGCCACCAUCGGCGUGGGCCUCGGCCUGCCCGCCUUCAAGCCAGGGUACGCGGAGCAGACUCUGAUGAAGUCGGCCAUCAAAACGUCGGAGGAGUCGUGGAUUGAGCAGCAGAUGUUGGAGGACAAGAAGCGAGCCAGCGACUGGGAGGCCACGUGCGAGGCCAUCGAGGAGCAGGUGGCCAGGGAGUCAUACCUGCAGUGGCUGCGCGACCAGGAGAAGCAGGCCCGACAGCCCAGAAAAGCCAGCGCCACCUGCAGCUCGGCCACGGCGGCGGCCUCCAGCGGCCUUGACGACUGGAGCGCUCGGUCGCCACGGCAACGGGACGCCGACCCCACCCACCCGGACCUGACGAGUGCCACGUCGACCGCUAUCAAACCCCCAUCCCCGGCGGGCGCCGCCCUCAUCCUCAGCAAACCGCCCUCGCCGUGUGCUCCAGGUAAUGCUUGCCACGGACACGCCUACCUGAACCACUUCCGUUUGGCGGGCACCUCAAUAGUGUGUGUUUGUGUGUGUGUAGGUCCCAGUAAUCCAAGUCGGCAUCAUUUAGAGUACAGAGCCAUCAUGCAGGAGAUGUCACCUACAGCGUUUGGUUUGACCGACUGGGAGGACGACGAGAUCCUGGCGUCGGUCCUGGCCGUGUCCCAGCAGGAAUAUUUGGACAGCAUCAAACAUCAGGGCGGCGCCGUGCAGCAUCGAGAGCGUGAAGCGUCACCUGACAGCAGCUGAUGGACACAACACACGCACGCGUGACCUAUGACCCCGACCCCACUCGUCACCUCCGACCCCUCAGAAGACCGCCAGGGAUACAAUCGACCCGAAAGAAAGAAACGCAGUCUCUCUCUCCUCGUCCCUCCAUUCCUUCUCUCCGUCGCCAUCAUGGAUCCUCCCAGCUUGUCUUGGUUUUACGAGCCACCCGCCAACCCCACGCUAGCCGACCGCGCCAUUUACGAUUGCCGAUCACUUUGUCGAAGGAGCCGCUCCGUCGGCGAAUACGCGUCACACGUUGCGUCCGUGAUGGGUGUGGUCACAUGACCUCGCCUUCAAUCAUAUUUAUUUAUUCUGGUUUGCACAUGUGCAGUGAAAGCGCUAUAUUCACACACGUUUCCGCGGCGUUAGCCGCUAGCAGUUAGCCGGGACAAAGGGAACUUCAUACCAGGUUAAAAUGUCUGCGCGAAACGAUCGAACGCCUUCGUAAAAAUGUGGAAAUACUUUUUACAGAGUUAGCGUUAGCACUGUGCUUACGGGCUCGUUGAGGUCAUCCUGGCGGCCUUCAGUGCUAAUCGCUAUCGACCACGCAGCACAAUGGCGUGCGAGUGAGGCUAACCCAAAAGAAAAGACAGCGGCGAGUACGACGCCACAUGCUAUGUUAGCAUGUUGUCAACGCUAACGCCUGAAGUCUUACUGUCGUACAAUUGAGAAGUACUUCCUGUCUUCAGCCAGUGUGUUUACGUUCCAUCGUCCGCUUUGAGACUUUUUUUUUUUUUUUUUUUUUUUUAAUAUAACAUCUAGCUCUUCCUCUUCUUACCGCCAUCAUCAUCAUCAUCAUCGCCACAGACUUCUUAGCAGCAUGUUUGAUCACGACCAAUAUCGCCAUGGAGACAAAAGCGACAAACGAAAAAAACGGAAAAAAAAAACGUAGAGAAUUGUCAUACUUAUCCUCUUGAUGAUUGAUUAUUGUUGUUAUUAUUAUUAAUAAUAUAAGUUUGUUUUAUUUCAUCGCUUGGGAUGAAAAUAUUUUUUUUCUUGGAAUAAAAAGAGGAAAAUGUUUCGGACAAGACGUGCCGAGUGGUCUUUAAAAAGUGACGACGUCGGACUUGUUUUGUGACGAAGCGCUCGGAGCUGAGGUCCGCACACUGAAAAAUUAAAGCAUGCGGGGGCCAUUUUUAUAUAUAUUUUUUUACCUUUAGGGCUCUCCUCAAGUCCCGAAAAGGUUCCCAUAAGUCAGAUAGUGUAUUUUUUUUUUUAUUCAAUGCUUGAAUCUCCAGAUCAGAGAUGCCCAAAAUGGGCAAUUUGGCUCGUUGUGUCAUUUUGUUUGGCCGGGGUGGCUACCAAGUUGAAUACAUAUCAUCACUGUUACCAUGUUUCCAUUUACAGUAAGGCACUGUGAAAACAGUAAUUGUAGAUUUUGCAGUAAAAAUAACAGUGAGACAGUUUUUCAAUUUAUAGUGAUGCACUGUAAUGCAUAGAUUAUACGGCACUUUUUUUUUUUUAUGGCAGCUCACUCACCAAGAUUUUUACGUAAAAACAGUGGUACAGUUUUUUAUGAUUUGUGUACUUUUUUGAUAAUAUGAGCACAUAAUUCACUUGUAUGACCCAAUCCAGACAACCUAUCCUAGUCAUGGGGCAGGAAAAAAAAAGUCAACACACAAAACACAAACUGCUCACUGAAAUUUGUGGAUGUUAUAAAAAAAACUGUCCCAUCACCAUAACAAAACAUUACACCCAUUUAAAUCCAUUCCUAGGCAUGAUGGGAAAAUGCAAAACCCUCCACACAUAACCAUGUUUAACUUUUAGCUGAUUAAAUACAAAACUUUAAAGAGGUCGUCAAAGAAGUAAACACACACACACACACACACACACACACAUAUAUACUGUGUAAAUAUUGGCUUCAUUUUGAAAGCAAGUUACCCGUCAAAUGAGUUACGGCCCAGGCCUGGUGGGAGUCUCGUAUGAGGGGUUGAGAUCUUGGCCGCAGUUUCUCUCUCUCCCUUGUGUGUGUUUGCAGGUUCCGCACCUGCAGCUGGUUGGGCCUCAUCAGCGGGAAUGGAUAUCAGCUGGGACCUCAGGACCUCAGCCCUGUUUUCUUGCACCAUUAAACCGUCGUACUCUUUUUUUUUUUUUUUUUUUUUGUUAUAUAAAUUAUUAUUUUGUACACGUUUACCUUCAGGCUCGUCUCCCCCUUUGUCAUAAAAACUACAUAAAUGAAAAAAACAACAAUAACUGGUAGCUCAGUCGCCAACAUUUUACUGUAAAUAAAAACACAACUGUGGUAUCGUUUUUCUAAACUUAAAAAUUAAAAUCCCCAGUAAACAAAAACAGAUCAAAACGGAAGUUUAGUUUCCUCUUCUGACUUUUUUUACUUUUUCAAAGUAAAAGUGGGGAUAUUACGUUACCCGUGUGCCUGGUUAAAAUGUAUUAGGAUUUUGGAGCCCUGCACAAAUUACUAAGACGUGACACGAGGACGGACGUCUACAGAAACCCCUACGCAGAUAUCACACGUAAGUGAAGGCAAAAAAAGAUUUGUUCAGGAGCUUUUUACAAUAAUAUAGUACAGUUUUUUUUCUCACAGGCCCUACUUUAACUUAAUAAGGGGGCUAUUAAUAUGCUAUGUUGCAUGUGACGUCACAUCCGUUUAUCUUAAUUCACACGAUGGUCAAGCAGAUUGAGCAUAGUGUAACAUUUGAUUUGGUAUGUUAUUCUUAUUUAUGUAUGGAAAGUCAUUUGUGUUAGGCACGAAUUCUAUGUACAUAUUAACGGGUCACAUUACGAUUAUUUUCAGGUAACACAUUUGGUGUAUUGUGAUUUAUUUUAUUUUAUACAGUCCCGUAAUUUGGUUCCUACCUGUUGUUUCCGCGUACCCGAAUAGGGAACGGACAAGGGAAGUCAAGCGUGUCUUUACGCUGUGGUACUUUUAGCAAGGAAGAUAAUGUAACCUAUUUUUAUGGGCAUGCCUCUUUAUGAUGUUAAGUUCCUGUUAUAAGCUGUUUUACAGUAUAUGCUUUGAGCUUUUAUUUGGAAGGCGCCUAGAGCGGAAGUGAGGUCAUGUUGUGUGAAGCGGGGGUUUUUGGAGGGGAGAAAAAUAAAGUGGUC